ACCUGUAUUACCACAUAAAAAAAACUGGCAUGACGUUUCAAGUUUCACGUCACGUUGACGUUUGGCGUCACUCGUCAGCCAUGUUGUUUUUGUUUCUGCUCCAUCGGCGAUGUCGUUUAUAAAACAAUUUUUGAUUUAAAUAUCUCACUAAUUAUUUCAAUUUAGCCAUUCGUGUGUAAAAUUGUUUUUGAAUAUAUUCGUCACAUUAUAAUGUGUUAUUUUGAAACAGGACAUGUACGCUUUUUGUUAUAGUUAGAUAACCUAAAAGUGGUUUUGAAAAUUCCCAUUUUUGAGACUUUAUAAAUAUUUAUGCGUUUGUAUUAUGGGUAUUAAAGAAGAUUUAGAUAUGGACAGUGAACCGACAACACCUUCGGAGAGAAAGAAGUACAUUGUUGUUAAAAACCACGUGCGUGAAAUCCAAAGUAUCAAAACUGAUGAAACAACUACAGAAACUAGUGCAGAAGAGAAAGAUAAUAGUACAAAGGAGGUAAAAGUGAAGAAAAAAAAAAGUAAAAAAUCACGUUCGUCAUCAGGUAGUGAGAACAGUGCUUGUGAAAUUAGUGUAAAUGAUCUGAAUGAACUAAGAAGUGUUUACAGCAAGUGUAAGGCAGUGAUAAAGAAAAUUGAAACGAAGUAUGGACAUUUGUUGCAAACUGAUGAGCAAAGUUGUUCUAGAAUAAGUAAACAUAGACUUAGUUCCACUGAAUGUCACUGUGGCUCCAAAAGAAAAAUUGUUUAUGAUGAUGACGGCAAGCAAUUGUAUCAAAAUAUUGAUGCAGAACAUCAUAUUUGCCCUGAAAAUGUUCUAAAUCCAACAAAGAGCAUGCAUCGUUCCCCUGGACCCUUGAAUGUUACUAUGGAGGAUGAAACCAGCUAUGAAUUACCCGACACUAUAUCAGAACUGAAUGAAAUGUUGCGGGAGAAACAAAUUAGUAAUUAUUUAAAACAUCAAAUCAUGCAGAAGAUGAAAUAUAUCCGAGAAGAUCAUAUUAAUAUUUUACGAUAUGAAAAACCGAGCAUAAUAGAAAAAUUGAAGUCUAAUUCUAGUGAUAUUUUUGAAUUUGAAGGUUCAAAUUUGUCUUCCUUACCUGGUUAUCCAGAGGAUAAAAUUUCAUAGCUAUUUUUAAUGGAAUGAAUUUACUUAUAACUAGGUCAAAAUAUUUGUAGCUCUGAUUUGAUGAAGUCAUACAAUGUAGCUAUACUGCCACAUACUAGCUGAGUCUACAAAUAUUUUCGAUUUAUCUGUUACAUAAAAAUUGAAUGAUAUAAUUAGGAUAUUGUACUAGGAUAUGGCUGCCAUCACCUAAAUUGCCAUCGCCGGUCAAGCACAAAAAACCCUGGACAUUUGGCUGAAAUGUGGUUUAUUUCCCUAGACACAUCUUAAAAGGAAUUUAAAAUUGUUUUGCCAAUUUUUGCUUUCUUUUCCAACAAAAAUUUGUGAAAAUCUGAUAAACUCAAGUCCUUGAAAUCAUACUUGAUUUUGAUCAGAGAAGAAACCGUGUGGAUUUCUCUCAACAAAAGUGUUCAGAUUUCACCCGGACCCUUUUCAAAAACCCGGCCGGAUGGUCCCCGGACACCCUCCAAACUGGGACAAAACCAGACGGAUGGCAGCCCUGUACUAAGAUAAUAGUAUCUAACGUAAAAUUAACAAUAUGCAAAUAUUUUGUUUGACUAUUUGUAUACAAUAAUUAACAUCAAUACAUACAUGUUAAAAUCUCAUUGGCAUUUAUUGUGAGAGUCUUUUCACACCUUCCAGUAAUGGUUGUAAAGUACAUUGUGGUCAUGUAUAAGGACUUUCAUUUGUACCAGCCCAUAUAUUUUCAUACCUUUUGCCACUGUGUCCUGGAACCAGAAGAUGUGAAAAGAAGUUAACUGUACAAAUAGAACAUUGAGUAAAUCCAUUUUGCUUGC